GGAACUUCAAUAUACGAUAUACAGACAUACAUAAUCGUUCCCCCAAUUCUAUUUUUACACAGUUUCUUUAUGCUACACAUUCUCUUCAGCGAAGACAAGCAAUGGCGUCACAUCAAUUACAAGCCCUUGGAGGGUGCGCAGAUACAACCUAUCGCCCCGAAGAGAACAUUGCAUUCCGUUUUGGCAGCUCUCCGGUAGCUGAUGAUAGAAAUCAAGUCCAAAAAGAGCUCAUUGCCCUGUUUAACAGGCAGAUUAAUGUCGAAGAAACCCCAUCAUAUGGAGACCAGACAAUCCAGUUGCCGCCUUGCAACCAGUCUAUAUAUGAUGCCACACAAUGUCUCGGCCAUUCCCCUUAUGCAGCUUUAGAGGAGUGUAUGCAACAAUUGGCAAAUCCGAGUCGUGUGACCAUGAGGGCGAUUGCGGAAGACUGCCCAAUAAACUGUGGCAUCGAUCCAUGGUCUCUUUCAGCCGAGCAGCUCCGGGUAUUUCAAUAUGCGCUUCAUGAAAAACGAUUGGGUUUUCCUGGAGAUCCAUCAGCAUACCGGGGAGACAGUAACAUUGUGGACUCUCCGGCAGUGAAAAGACAACCCUCUGUGGAUUUCAAGGUGCACCAAAACGGACAGAUAUUGAGUUUUGAAACGGCGGACGGUUUGGAAGACCCGUCGCAACUACGCCCUGCUGUUGACUCGGAAGCAGACAACUCACCCCCCGAAUACCUAGGUGAUGACGAUGACUUACAGUACGCAGAAUCUUAUAUGAUCGCUGGGUAUGAAACACUCUCGGGGACACUGUGAAAUACUGGCUUUGGUUGUCAUGCCUUGAAGUUCAUGAGCAACAGGAUAAAUAUACAAGGCCCGAGGGAACCAAGACAAAGAUGGCUAAAACAAAGUACUAAGGAGUUCUAAGACUAGAGUACUGAUAAAGGGCUGACGCAAUUUCUCUCGGUGUAUUUAGGGUUAACAAUUAGCUCGCAUGGUUAUA